CAAACGUUAAUCAUUGAGGGAACGACUCACUCAUGGGACAUGCUGAUACUGAGAGUAUCUUCAAAAGAUGAACUGAACAGCAAAUAUUUCCGGAAGAAACUGAAGUCCAUCGAUGAAAGAAACUUCAGAUACAACAACGUGGUGGUAUUAUGUUCACCGGAAACAACAGUUGAAGUUUUGUACCAGGCAAAUGAGAUGCACAUGGUUGGGAACCAGUAUCUCUGGGUGAUUGCAAAUGAGGAAAUAAGUGAUCGACAUUUAGACAGCAUCAAUAUCACGACUGGCAUGAUCACAGGUAUCAGGAAGAGAAUAUCAACAGUAGGCGGACACUUAAAUGACUUCUUGGCGCACCUUCAGAAAAUGCAUCCUGGAUACUCUCUCAACUUUAUCCUCCCAACAUUACAAGACUUUCCGCUAUCGGCUGCAUACAGCUACGACGCAGUUUGGGCUCUGGCCAGGACCUUUGACAUUCUCAUCAAAGAGAGGAACUGGACAGCCGCCACGCCAUUAAUCUGUCACAAGCCAACUCCGUGGUUGGGUGGCAAAAAUCUGCUUGGCUCUCUGCGCAAGAACAACAUGUCAGGACUCAAUGGACCACUACACUUCAACAGUGAAGGGUACAACGACAAUGCCGAAAUGGAGAUUCUAAGUUUGACAACCAACGACGAGAAUAUCACUAAAUUCUGGGCGAUCGGGACCUGGAACGUAGAAGGAGGCCUGAAUCUGACAGAGCCGGCAUUUACCAGGGAGAUCCACAGCUUUGAGAACACCACUCUUACGGUGGUAACUCUUGCGGAGAAACCUUUUAUAUUCAAGGACAUCACAGAAGACGGGCCACCAGCAUUUAGGGGGUUCCUCAUCGAUGUGCUCAACGAACUGAAGACGCAGUUAAAGUUCAGCUACACCAUUUUCGAAACGCCCGACCAGAAGUACGGAGCCAAGAACGAUGACACGGGAGAAUGGAACGGGAUGGUGGGGCAGCUCGUACAAAAGAGAGCACACAUUGCAGUCUCUGCCCUAACGAUAACAUCGGAGAGAGAAGAUGUCGUGGACUUUACCAAGCCGUAUAUGGACUACGGUGCAACGAUUCUCCUCAAGAAGCCAGAACAGAAAUACAACGUGUUUGCCUUCCUGGAGCCAUUCAACUUCCAAGUCUGGGCGUGCAUCCUUGGAUCCAUCCUCAUAGUAGGUUUUAUCCUGUACAUCCUGAACAGGAUCAGCCCCUACAGCUCUUUUGGUACAGACGAGCCAGAUGCAGACGCCUUCAACCUGUCGAAUAGCGUGUGGUUUGCGUAUGGGUCUCUAGUUCAACAAGGAGGUGAAGCUAACCCCCGUGCAUCGUCAGGCCGCAUGUUGAGCGGCUUCUGGUGGUUCUUCACCCUCAUUAUGAUCUCCACCUACACCGCCAACCUCGCGGCUUUCCUCACGGUGACACGGAUGGACACCCCCGUCCGAUCAGUCGAUGACCUCGCUGCCCAAACAUCCAUGCCCUACGGGACAGUGGAGGACAGUAGUCUCUACACGUUCUUCAAGGCCUCCAGUAUAGGCGUGUACGAACGGAUGUGGGAUUUCAUGAACAACUCCAACACAUUCGCAACGACAGUUGAAGAUGGGUACGCUAAGGUCUUGUCGGAGGACUAUGCUUUUAUUUGGGAAAACCCUUCCUUGGACUAUCUGAAGCUGACUAACUGUGACUAUACCACCAUUGGAAGACCGUUCAAUAUGAAAGGGUACGGGAUUGCGCUACAAGAAGGCAUGAGCUUAAGAGACCAGUUAUCUAUCAGCAUACUGAAAAUGCAGGAGUCUGGUAAGAUGGACGAGUUAAAGGGAAAAUGGUGGCCGACAGAGAACGCAAACUGUCCUGCCGAAUCCUCCUCCCAGCAGAGCAAGGCUAGCGAGUUGGGGCUGAACAGUGUAGCAGGGGUGUUCUAUGUGCUCGCGCUGGGAGUCGGCAUUUCUAUCGUCAUCGUCCUCAUAGAGAUCAUCUGGUGGCUGCUGCGGGGUGAGGGGAAGCUAAAACGUCCCAAACCCAAGAACGACAAGAUUGUUUUGGAAGAAGUAGAAAGAAUCGAGAUCAAACACAUCCCGAACGACUCGACAUCGAGCAACGGUAAAAGGAAGAUAUGGACUCACGUCGGCAACAGCGUCUAGAAAUGCUCCGGUGAUUUUCAUGUGGAAGUAUGUAUGUAAAUGUCCCCUUGUGCAAUCCCAAUCCCACUUUCUGACACCAUCUUUUUCAUGAGUGUGUAUAUACGAAAGGACGAGGAAGAGAUUUCCCAAAUGUGGUAUACAGAAGACGUUAUCAACGUAGAUGAUUGUAGUACCAAUAGGUCCAUCCUAGAGCUACUCGACAUUGCAUUGCUACUGAUAGUAAUAAGACAAGUAAAGUCAGUAGAUAAGUACGUUAGUCUCUACUGGACUUCCUGUGUUGCUGGAAAGAUAGUAUAAAUUUACAAAAUAGGCUGAAGAAUUUGCCAGAGGCGUUAGCCGGCCAUAAAGUUACACACAGGUAACCGUAGAAU